UUUUAUUGUGGAGCAUGCCUGGGCAUGUCUCUUCAGAUUUCCUUUAUGAAGCUGCACUUGGCAACCCUUGCAGUUAUCGAGAGAGAUUCGAGGAAAACACUCAAAGCAGCAGCAGCAGAGCUACGAAUGCGAAUAUCAGCAGCUCCCGACAAUGCCUCUGGCCAAAGAUCUGCUGAACCCGUCCUUUGAUUUUGAGAGAAGGCAGCAUAAGAAGAAAAGGCUUGUGCAGAGUCCAAACUCGUACUUCAUGGAUGUGAAAUGCCCAGGUUGUUAUAAGAUCACGACUGUGUUCAGUCAUGCGCAGACGGUGGUGUUGUGCGUUGGGUGUUCAACAGUGCUCUGCCAGCCCACAGGAGGAAAAGCAAGGCUGACCGAGGGUUGUUCUUUCAGAAGAAAGCAGCACUGAGAAGGAUGAAGCAACUUCUUAAUGCCUUACUUUUCAUUGAUUACAAUGAAUGAACUUGAAUAAUGUGAUGAUGAAUGGUGCAUGGCAGGUUCUUUCUACCAUGCUAUCAGUUCAGUGGUUCUGAAUAAAGUUUCUUCUGCAUGAUA